UGACAUACGUUAUAAUACGUGAGCAACGUGGAAAAAAAAACAUAAAUGGAAAGUUGAGGAAUCCUCGACCAUGUGGGGAAAAUAGAACUUUUGUCUUCCUGUCAGUGAGGCACGCAUGUCACGGUAUCCUGCGUCAUGACGUAUUUCCUUUCCUAGCCCAAGCCCCUCCCCUUGCCGCCUCAACACCGAGUCGUAUGGUGGAUGUUUUGAAGGAAAAUAUUGUGUCAAGAAGGAACGUAAACACGCUUCAAACAUGACAUUUCGACAGAGUGGGACUUAAAGUAGCCUAUCAAGGCGACAAGGAGCUUCCAGGACGCCGUUUCGGGCUUAUCUCCAAGUCGUAAUUUACCGCAUGUCCGAUUUCAUCGUAGAUGGUCUCCGGCGAGCGUUGUCUGGCGGUGGACGACGAGUUGUCUACGAAUAACAUGAAGGAGAUGAUUGGAGGCUGUUGUGUUUGCUCAGACGAGAGAGGCUGGGCGGAAAACCCACUGGUUUACUGCGACGGACACGGCUGCAACGUUGCUGUGCAUCAAGCAUGCUAUGGCAUUGUGCAGGUGCCCACAGGCCCAUGGUUCUGUAGAAAAUGUGAAUCUCAGGAGCGAGCGGCCCGUGUGAGUAACUCAUCGAGACUUGACUCCUCGCUUGACUUGACUGUUCCAGCGUCUCUUUUAUGGAGAUGUGAGCUGUGUCCACACAAGGAUGGUGCUUUGAAGAGGACAGACAACGGAGGCUGGGCCCAUGUGGUUUGCGCUCUGUACAUACCAGAGGUGGAGUUUGCAAAUGUUUCCACCAUGGAGCCCAUUGUGUUACAGUCUGUGCCGCAUGAACGUUAUAACAAGACAUGUUACAUCUGUGAGGACCAAGGCAGAGAGAGCAAGGCAGCGACUGGAGCGUGUAUGACCUGCAACAAACAUGGCUGCAGGCAGGCCUUCCAUGUAACAUGCGCCCAAUUUGCUGGUCUGUUAUGUGAGGAACAAGGAUCAGACGCAGACAAUGUCAAGUAUUGUGGCUACUGUAAAUACCACCACAGCAAACUGCGAAGGAGCAGGGGCCGUGGUAGUAGGUCUCAAAGCUUAAGUGACUCUUCCCCUCAGAGUAUGGAUAGACCCCCAGACACGGACAAGAAGAAGCACAAAGAGAGGGAUAGACACAAACCGAGACAUAAGAAGACUUCCAUGGACAUGUCACCCUCUCUUGUCCUCCCAAAUAUCAUGGGCACAGAGAAGGCCUACAACAGCAGCAGCUCAGGUAUUCCUUCUCUGCCAACGUCUUCGCAGAAGAGACUAGACGACAGUAAUGCUCGUUUCACCAACGCCAACUUCCAGGAAGUGUCGUCAACUCUGUCUAGUGGGAGUUCCAAGGACAGUUUAGGGAUAGAUACUGUAAAGACUGUGUCUGAGAUGAAGAACAAGAAGAACACCGGAAGUCACAUUGUGGGACAAAGAGGUGGCCGCAAGUCUGUCUCUUCCUCAGGGAAACCCCUCCCCUCUGCCGUGGUCACCAUGGCAACCUCCUCCACAUCUGCCUCUGCUUCCACUGGGCCUUUCCACCAAGGGCUUCUAUUGGCGAACGCCAGCAAGACGCCUUCAACUCCUUCAUCUUCUGACUUUUUAAGUUUCUCAGACUCAACCCUGAGACCUGGCAGUGGAACUACUUUUUCCUCUCCGCCAUCUUUUAGCAGCUGCCUUGUCAAGCCGAGCUCGGAAGGAGGAGCUUCUGACGGAACGACCAACUUGUUUGGCUCUCUUGCAUCCGCUACAAAUGCUUCUUCCAUGGGUGGAAAGCUUUACGACAAUUCACAUAGUAUGUCCGCCACUGAAACAUCAACUCUUGGUGGUUCAGCCUGCUACAAACGACCCCAAAAUUCGAGUGCUGGACCGGGUCUCAGCGGAGCAGCUGGUGCCGGAGGUGAUGAUGUCCCAAAGAAGAAAAAGAAGGGCAACUGGCGGAACAGAUUCGGACCCUGCUUCACCACUGAUGUGAAACCUUCAGAGUCAGCUCCGUCUCUCACUCUGACCGCCUCCUCCACCUGCAACACCUCCUCUGCUGGCUCCCCAUCCUCCUCAACCACGACACUCUCAGGCAGGCCAGGCAUAGUUUCCAGCAGUGGGUUGGGAGUAGGAGGAGAGAGAGGACUUGGAGUUAUAGGUGUCAGUGGCGGGAUUCAAAAGUCGCCUUCACUGCUCAGGAAUGGGAACUUACAAAGCAACAAUGGCUCCUCGACCACUGGACCAGGUGUUUUUUCAUCCACCGAUGGAACAUUGUCAGGGACUGGAACAAUUACGAUGGGCGGAGCCAGUGUGGAAAUCUCUCACCAACAGCAGCAGCCAACACAUUCGCUCGCCCCACCUUCUCCCUUCACUGCCACAGCACAGCUUCCUAGCACAGCAGCAUCACUUGCCAGUGGUCUCCCAGGAUCCGUCUUCAACAUGGCCCCCUCCCAUAUGUUUGGGAACCGACUAAACCCAAACUCCGCCAUGGCAGCGCUCAUUGCUCAGUCGGAGGCCUCACCAGCAGGUAAGGAUCAAGAGGUGGGAGACAGCACCAGCAGUGGUGGUGUUGGAGCUCAGGGAUUCUCCAUACGAUCUUCUCCACAGACCACCCCGCGCUCUCCACUUGGUGGCCUGCAGAUCCGCUAUGACUGCUCUGGGUCGUUGCCGGGGCCGGCGCUUGGGUUGCUAGGGCCGGGGGUAGGCAGCGAGACAAUACCCCCGGUGGCCACUAGCAUAGAGCAGCUCCUGGAGAGGCAGUGGAACGAGGGCCAAAACUUUCUGCUGCAGCAGGGCACGCAGGGAGACGUGGUUGGCAUGUUGAAGUCCCUCCACCAGCUGCAGGAGGAGAACCGGAGGCUUGAGGAUCAGAUUAAAACUCUGACUAUGAAGAAAGAGAGACUGCAGCUCCUCAGUGCGCAGCUAUCGGUGCCUUUCACUUCCACCUCAGAUAUGAAAGGAUCCCAGUUGGGAGGCACCGACUCAUCUUUACCUGCAGUUGCUCAAGACAACGCCUCAUGUGGUGGCCACAGCAGCACUGGUUCCACCUCCUCUCUGUCCACCCCUCCCUCUGUGUCCCAGAGUCCACCUCAGGCCCAAAUGAAUGGCGUGGCACCAGUGGGCACUGCCCCGGCUAUGCUUGGCAACGUCACAGGAUUGAUGGGAACCUUCGGUGCUGGCAGCACGCUAGGCAUGGGCGGAAUCGUUGGGGCCCUGAACGGAGUGAUCCAGACCCCUGCUGGGACCGCCAGCCCCCACACUCACACUACUGGAUCAGCUACAGUCGCUAAUAACAGCACAGCAGCGCCAGGAAAGAACAGCGCUGCUCGACUCGGCCUCUUGUCUGACCAACAGAGACUCUUCCUGCAACAGCAGCUGCUGUCCACACAACCCUCAGUGGAGAACUUUCAUUAACUAUCCCAGAAUCUUGCUCUUCUUUUCACUUCACCACGUUCACCUCCUCCGUCUCUCCUUUCCUGCACCCGCCUCUGGACCCUUGGCUGCUGCGGGCCCUCUCCUCCCCUCAGCUGCCCGUCAACAACCUGCUGACCGCCUCUCCUGGUCAGAGCCAAAGUGCCAUCAGCGCCAGCCCUUUCCUGGCUCUGCUGCGCAGAGACGCUCUGGCUGAAGGGGAGCAGGAGCUGCAACUGGCGGAGAAGCCUGCAGGCCUGUCAGGGCAGGAGAAGACAUGAC